CACAUCAUACAUAUGGGGUGGUUUUCUGACCCCAGACACCGUUCUCACUGGCCUGGGCCGUCACGUCGUGCACUCAUAAAAAACACUUCCGUCCAAUCUGGCCAAGGCCCUUUAGCUGGAACCGCACAUCCUGCCAUUCCCACAAGAGUUAUCGACCCUGAACCCUUGGACGGCCCGUGGGACCAGACGGGCGGCCUGGAGCCGGGAAGCAGGGAAGGGUGGAAGGAAGCCCAUCGGCGCUUGCAGCCCGGUGUCCCCAUGUGGGGACAUGGCAGGGGUGAGCCCCAGCCUGGGGAAACCCCUCCCGCUCAGGAGACAGUGGGGUGGGGGCAGCUCCCUGCAGCCCCUGCCCACUGCAGAGCCCCUGGCAGGGCCUGGGGGGCAGGUGUGUGCAGCCCCUGUGUGACACGGUCUGGGGUCACAGUGGGACAGCCGCACGUCACAGUGGUGACAGCCCCCCUUUCCCUCUCGUGACCAGCAUCUGCCCCACUCACCCCGGUGAGGCCGAGUCGACUCCAGGCGCUGGGAGCUGCUCUCGCCACCGCUCUGCUCUGGAGUAGCUGCUCUGCAGUGAGGAGGAGAAGGUGGAGAGAGGGAGCACGACAGCACCAAGGAGGGUGAAGGUGGAGGAGGAGAAGGAGGAGAAGAAGGAGGAGAAGGAGGACAAGGAGGACAAGGAGGAGGAGGAGAGCGGAGAGGAGGAAGAGGAGGCGUUUUGCGGGAAGCAGGAAAGCCAUCGUCCAGCCACUCUCUGCAGUUGUUGACCUGAAGCAGGAGUGGAACUAAGAUGGCAGGACGCCUCUUCUUGCAGCCUCACCUGGCUCCAACCAUCCAGAAGCUGGAGCGUUAUGAGUUCGCUAAGAUUUGGGCCAGCGCAUCGUCUCACCUCAGCCUGCAGCUGGCUCUCCACCAGGCUGUCCGCAUUCCCGGAAUCGGGACUUUUGCGGUUGUCACAAAGCGAGUAGCCCUCAGUGAGCAGGAUCUGGUGAUGGUGGAGAGACCCGUGUUUCAACUUGAACAGGCUGUUGCGCAGGACCAUGAGCUCCGCUGCGGCUGCAUAGACAUUCCUGGCCGUCAAGAUGUUGAGCAACUGCCGUUUGCUCAGAUAGCCUCAGAGAACGCUGUCUCUGAGGGCACCGUGCAGCUUUACAUGAAAAGGACCACGCACCUUUUCCAUGCCUGCCUAGAGAACAGGGAGAACGUUGCCAUCAUCUGGAGGGACGUGGGCAUGCUGAUCGUCCAGGGAAAAGACAUAAAAAUGAGAUUUUACUUAGACUUUCUGGAAAGGCUGAAUGGCAGUGGCAAGAUGCUGCAAGCUCUUCUCGAGAUGCCGGAGAUGAGGGACUCGGUCAUCUCGCGCCAUGACACCGCUGCUUCCCAGACCUCUUCUGGACGGGUUAUGGUCCUGCCGUGGUACCAACUUGAGACCGUGCCUAAAAUGCCAGUGCUGAUAGACCUGCCGGGACGUGUGCCGAGAAGAGAGGAUGUUGCCGAGAAGCGCCUCCUUCGUCGAGCAAGGCUUUCUCCAAAUCGGUUACCUGCACUGCCUGUGAAGCCGGAGCAGGGUCAGAAAGCUGAGGGGAGUGAGCCUCGCGCCAGGCAGCUACCAGCUGUCCAGAGGAGCUGCUUGAAGGAAAAGGAGGAGAAAGGAAAGCUGCCGCCUCUGGUCGGACCCGGAACAGUGGACUUCAUUGCCAGAGCCAUGGAGAGGAGAGAAAAGAGAGAAAAGAAGAAACGGGAGAAGAAGAAGAAGAAGAAAGAGGAGCAGCUUCCACCAUAUAUCCGGAAAUUCCUGGAAGAAGAGGAAAAGAAGAAAAAAGAGGCGGCGGCAGCGGAAAAAAGGAAACAGCGCUCAGGCGGAGCAAUGAAAGCAAAGGCCGAGGCAGAAAAGGAGACACCCAGUGUGACAGGAAAGGGAGAACAACCAAAGGAGAUGCAGAGGAUCCAGGAAUCCAGCUCCUCCGAGUGCUCCUCAGACAGCUCCCCGAGCAGCGUGGAGUCAGACGAGUCCAGCUGUGACGAGCUGGAGAUCAGGACGAUUAUGGAGAACUGGGAAGAUGCCGGAGAAGAGCCCCCCACAGUCCCUGAGGACAACAGCGUCCCCCCUAAGCGGAGCCUUUCCCCACGGACAGACCGGGCCCUGCGGGAGGUGGUGACCUGCAUCCUGGGGCAGGUGGCCCGCAAGAGAAGAGGGGAGAGGGAUGAGCAGCUGGAUCUGCAGGACAAGCUCCAGUGCGAGCUGGCAGUGCUGCGGUGGGAACGGUCGGGGAAAGAGGCAGGCAGCAGCCAACGCCUGCGGGAAGCUGCACCCCAGGCUGCACCCCCUGCCAGGCCAGGGGAGAGGAGGGCAGGACCGGCGCAGCCCCGCGAGUGCACGGAGGAGGGAAGACGCAAGCUCUGGGACUCCUUGCGCAGCAAGAUAGAGCAGAAGCGCAGCAGCGGCACCGCCAAAGGCCUGGAAAAAAGAGCCAGAGCUACGGGAGGCCCAGGUACCGCAGGCAGUGAAAAGCAGCUGGGAAAAGAGCGUUCCCAGUGGAGUCUUUGCCUUUUGGAGUGCCCGCCUCUGAAAAAGUGAGCGUGGGCAGCUUCAGGCCAGAGCUGGGCAAAGAGGGUGUUUUCCUGACAGCCCUGGGGGCACGGAGAGCAGCAGGGCGGGACUGCAUCCCGGGGACCUGGACCUGCUCUCUCCAGACAGAAGCAGAUCCCACGCCAUGUGUGCUGGCCAGACUUGUUGCUCUGCACCUCUGUGCAUACAAGACUACCGAGCUUUGUAUUCAACUCCGCAGCUCUGGAGAGCACAUCUGCUCCACGUCGGCCGGUGCCAGGAGACCGUCUCGGGCGCUGAGGCUCCCGAGAGAGGCGUCCAGCAAGAGCCUCCUGCGGCGUGACGAGCGCCAGCGCCGGCCAGCCAGGCUGCUAACACCAGCUCUUGCCCCUGAUCAGUAAAGCCCCACCUGCAAACCGCUGGGUCUGACACUGUGGGUGUUUCCUUGGUGGCUGUGGAAGCUGCGCUGGGCAGUGGGUGAGCGCUGGUGGGGCAGGGAAAGGCCUGCAGGGAAGAGGGCUGGAGCUUCAGCCCUGCUCCAAGGGCAGCCCUCCCCAAGGCUCUGCUGGACCGGCUCGGCUGCGGCCCCGCUCUUGGUGCCCCUGCACCCCGUGUCCCUGGCACUGAGCCUGCCGCAGCUGCA